AAUUUGAUGAUCUUUGAUAAUUUUCGUCGAUCAUAAUAAAAUAUACUAAAGUCUGAGGGAGAGUGGACUCAAACAGUCAUAUCAAUGUUAAAAAUAGGUCUAUCGAAUAUGCAAGACGACAGAAAUGCUAUAUUCCAAAUGCGUUUUCCUCAAAAACUGUGGUACUUACUAAAUUUCCGCACUGAUGCCAUAUUAUGGGGUGGUACAGGACGAACAAUUUUGUUGAAUUAUCGUAUCCUUCAUAACUACUUGCAAUGUGAUCACUCUAUUUUUAAAACAACAAAUAUUUCAAGCUUUGUGCGACAGCUGAAUCUGUAUGGAUUUCGAAAGGUCACUUCUCAUUUGCAAGAUCCUUUGUGUAAUUCUAGCAACCCAUACAUGCAUGAAUAUGUUCACGACUACUUUCAGUAUGGUAAACCUGAAUUACUGAAUAAAAUAACGCGUAAAGCUCUUGCUAUGAAAAGAAAUUUCAAACCUAAGAAUCUCUACAGUAACGUUGAGCAAUUACUUUUUUUAACACCACUGCAAAAGGCAAGACGAGCUUUGCGCAUGGCCCUAAAGAAAGCAGCUCAAGAUUUAUUUGUACAGAAUUCACCUAAGCACUUUUGUAAUCUUAAGUUUGAAUGUGAUGAUUCUCAAGAUGAUUACUGUGAAGAUGAAGAAAAUAUUGAAUUUGAUUGGUUAAUGACUAAUGAUGCCAGCACAGAUAAAGCCCUUCCUGAACCAGCUAAUGUCCCAGCUCCUCAAAACGAAACCACUAUAGCUGAAGAGACUGCUACAUACAGGGAUAUACCUCAGGAUAGUCUUAUGAAUUUCACUGAUGAAACUUGUCAACAAAGUGGUGACAACUUCCCAGUACAGUUUCUCAGUAUGCCUGAACUUGAUCCGGAACCUUCUGAAGAGAAGUCUGGUGUUGAAUUGCUGGCUGAAUUUAAUAUAGACAAUGACACAGACCAAGGAAUUGCAAGGAAAAUAGGAGAAGUUAAAGAGAUUGAUCAUAACUCACUGAAUUGUGUGCUGCCAUCAAUCAGCAAUGAUCAUAUUGAUGAUGUGUCUAUGUCAAUGGCUGAAAAGAACAAUGAAAAUUCAGAUCACUACCAUGGUGAAUGGGACCAAAUGUUCAAUGAUAUUAUGAUUACCAGAGGCCCCAAUCAAGAAUGUGGGUCCGAUUUGAAAGAAUUGUAUUCUCAAAUCUCUAAAACUAUUGAUUUGCUUAAUUCUUAAGUUAAUUAUUAUUUAGUUAACAUAAACAACUUGUAAUUUCCUUAAAAACAUGUAUUAGUUAAUGUAGAAAAGUGUGCAACACAU